AUGGAAUUGCAGCAAAGAAAAGCUCUUGCAAAUGGGGAUCACGUGACCGACAGGCAAAAACAAUGGGCAUCCCUUGGUGCUUGGUUUUUGGGACCCAAAGGAGAAAAUGGGGAAGUGUUUCGGGACCUCUUGACGAAGGCUGUCGAUUCGCAUAUCGGAUUCCGUCACAGGUAAUUUAAAGUACAGGAGCACACAUGUAAGGUGGUCAGUAAUAAUCAGGCUAUAAUAUGUUGUCUUCAUUUAUUUUUCUUAAAUGGGGAAUUUAUUUCUCUUACAAGCUUGAAUUUUUUCUUGUAAUUAAUCACUUCUAUAGUUAUUUGAAAUUUUCAAAACCAGAAGCAUGAUCAUUAAAAUUAUCAUCGAAAAUGGCUUAUUUGUAAGCUUUGCGUCAUUACUCCAAAAGCCUACGUACAGAGGUCGCACAAAAUGGAAAGGGGACAAAGGAAGCCGUAUUGGACGCUCGGAAACUGGCAUUUUAAGCAAAUAUAGACACCCUGAAUGGUUUUAUUCGACUUUCAUUCUAAUUAAGACGGCUACCGCGUUUCCCGCAGAAACGACGUUGGUUCACGCACGCUCACUACUUAGUAUUAAGAAAAUCUCGUCAGCUCGUAAUCGUCCUUGUCUCUAAUUACAAAGAGCUCUUAAGCUAUCUCAAAAAACUAAGAGUCGUGUGCCCACAGACAAAUGGCUUCACACCACAAAAGUAUCACAUUUAUUCAUUUCAUACUCACCUCAUCCAAUAAUUGUCCUUUGUGUUCAACAGUUACUUUCCCUGUGAUACCCCUUACGUCACAGACCAGCUUCGAGAAGCAGGAUCCUUCAGCUUUGCUUUGGAGAAGUUAAAAACUGAGAUGGAAAAAUUGCAGGCCGAAUUAAAAAAGUCUGUUCCAUUCUUCAGUUCGAGAUACAAGGUAAAGGCAUCAAGAAUUAAUUACUUUUCAAGCAUCAAUUCAUCUAUUCAUUUCGUUUUUCCUCAUGAAAAAUAAUGAUAGCAACAAAACGAUAAUGACAAAAAUAAAGAUAAGGAAAAAGAUAAAAAUAAAAACAAAGCCAUGAUAAUGAUAAUUACAGUGAUAAUGACAAUGAUAAAGUUAAGAAUAAUGAUAAUUAUAAUAAUAACGAUAAAGAUAAUGAUAAGUAUGUUUAAUCAAAUGGUGAGGAGUGAAAAAAGGCUCGGGAAAUUAUUAGGAUUUGGACAAAACGCAAGUGAAAUUAUUCCCUAAUUUCACGAGUAUACCAUUUGAUUACCUAUUAAUAUCAUGGGUGACGAAUUACGUUAGCAGUCUUGGAUUUUUGACAUGUUUAUCCUGGAUCGUAUCGAUCGACUCUCUCAAAUGUUUAGACCUUAAAUUUGUCUUCUAAAGUUCAGAAUUUUUCAGACUUUUACGGCAAAAUACCUGUUAGAAUCCUUCUUGAUGUUCUCUUGUGUGUUCAGGGUUUCUAAAGCGUAUUUUUGUGCCCUGACAUCUUCAUUCACGGCAUUUUAAAACUUCGUCGCCAUCUUGACACUGAGACGUACGGAAGGUUGCCAUGGCAAUUUUGUAAUUUUACAGGUGAAAUUACAAAUUAACCCUGAAAUUUCGCGCCAAAAUUAAGGAGUAAUUCGUCACCUAUGAUAUUAUGAUAGUAAUAAUCAGCAUAAAGAUAAAGAUAAAGACAAUGAUAUUGAUAAUGACAGUGAGAAUGGUAAUGAUAAUGAUAAUGAUAAUGAGCAUUAUAAUGAUAAUGAUAUGAUGAUGACAAGGACAAUGAUAAUGAUAAAGUUUUGAAAAUGAUAAUGGUGAUGAUAACGACAAAGGUCUUGAAAAUGACAAUUGAUACUACUACUAGUGCUACUACUAAUAAUAUUUCAUUCAACUUUAAAAAUGUGUACGUAAUUUACAGAAAUGAUUGAAGGAAGAAUUAAGCACUAUAUAACAUUAAGAAUUGUUUAUAUCAUAAAAAAAAAAAAACAAUCACUGUGUCAAUAACGAUUUCCCAAAUACAUUCCUUUCCGCUCUGAUGCGGUCAAGAACUCUUGCAGGCAGUCCAGAGAUUUAAAUUAAGUCAUUACAAAAGAGAAUUAUCCGUCUCUGAUAUUAAAAAGUAAACAAGUUAAAUAACAAAUAAUAAUAAUAAUAAUAAUAAUAAUAAUAAUAACAGGGAUAAUAAUACAAUAAUUUUAUUCAACUUUAAAAAUGUGUACACAAUUUACAGAAAUAUUUGAAGUAAGAAUUAAGCACUAUAUAACAUUAAGAAUUAUAUAAAUCAUAAAAAUACAAUCACUGUGUCAAUAACGAUUAACAAAUACAUUCCUGACGGCUCAGAUGCGAUCAAUGACUCUUGUAGGCAGUCCAGAGUUUUAAUAAUAUUCAUAUAAUACUAUGCAUAUAAUAUUAAUAAUAAUAAUUCAUAUAAUAUUAAUAAUAGUAAUGAUAAUAAUAAUAAUAAUAAUAAUAAUAAUAAUAACAGGAGGCCAUAAUAAUAAUAACAAAUAAGUAUAGGUAAGUAAGUAAGUACAGACUAUAUUUAAAGAACCUGUAGUACACUUAAUAGCCAUAGGCUAAGGCUAAUAAACUAUUGACCCUUUUAAACUUUGGCCCUGACAUAUUAUAAGGAUAUAUAGCUUUUACAUCUACGCCUUUGUUUAUGAUUAUAUUAUACUAACUAAUAUAACAACCUGUACUUCUUUUCCUCAGGGCCACGUUCAAUGGGAGACAGCGAUGCCAGCCAACCUUGGCUACAUGUCUGCAAUGUUGUACAACCAAAACAACUGCGCAUCAGAAUCCUCUCCUGUCACAAGUAAAUACGAAAUGGAUGUGGGCAAAGACCUGUGCGUCAUGGUGGGGUAUGACAGGGACAGAUGUAUGGGACAUCUCACCGCUGGGGGGUCUGUAGCCAACAUUGAAGCAAUUUGGGCGGGAAGAAAUGUGAAGUACUUUCCACUGGGACUACAAGAAGCUUUGUUGAAGGACAAAAGACUUUCUGGUGCCAAAAGUUACAAGGUACGUUGCCCUGUUUUACUUGCGUUCUGGUUUGCUUAGCUAUGCAUUUUGUCUUUCGUUUAGGGAUAAUGUGGACGGAUAGCUUUGGUAGACUAUAUAAGAAAAUACCAUUUUCAGUUUGGCCAGCCGUGGCAAAUGAACAUUACUUAGUAAUACCGUGGAGAGUGCUAAGAAGGCACAAGGACCAGAAUAGAAGAAAAUUAAUGCUUUAAAUAACUCUCAUAUGCCAAGUAAACAUCUGCGAUGAAAUUAACUGGAUUGAGUACACAUGGUGUAAAGACAUUGCAUCGCAACCACUUACACUGUAUAACUUAGGUUCUUUUCACCGGAAACCAUUCAUAAGUUUUUUAUUUCAUUUAUUGAUUUGCUCAACAUUGUAUGUAAGGUGACAAUGUUUUGAUAGUACUUACGAAAUAAUUAGAAUAUUGAACAGGAACUUCUCAGAAGCCUUUCUGGUCUUAUCAAGGAGACUCCCUGUCAAUUUACACCAAUUUCAUUUGAUGACGUAGACGAUUUUGGCUAGGAAAUAAGGUUUUACAUAAUCAAUACUAUAUAUGUGCUUAAAUCGAAUAUAUAUAAAAUAUUACAAAUGUGGAAUCACUGUUUCAUUCUACCUCUUCACCCAUGAUGAAUGUUCUGUCUCUUAUGUCAUCCGUCAAGCUAUUAUAAAUUAUAUCUAACCCCUUGUCUGUAACAGUACAUUUCCGUACAUUUGUUUUACCCAAGGGUUUACGUAGAAGUUCAUGUAAACGAGUGUUAUGACCAUGGAUUUCAUUAUUAUUCUUAAAAAAAUCUGUUAACGCUCCAGGAUGUUGAUUUUGUAAGGACUCAUAUUUUAGACAUUCGACAAAAAAAUUUAUUCAUUUGUUAAGUAUUGAGAGUAUUAAAUUGUUAAAAUAAAGAUUUGGACACAUGAUUAUACUCUUUCAACAGCAUGAUCCGCACAAGUCUUUUUCUACAGCUUAAAAAUCUUGUCUAGAUUCAACCAAACAUCGAGAUUUUUUUUGUUAUUUCCUGGCAAAGAGAAUUAACUAUGUCCCGCUUCGUGAUCAGUCAGUGAGUGUUUAGUGACGGAUCCAUAUAUAUUUUUUAUUUUUCUCCGGUCAGGUUUUAUUGCCUCAGAGAGGAAAAAAAGAAGAAUUAAUCAGCGCUUCACAGUGGGAACUCCUUAACCUAGAUGUCGGCACUAUCUUACAAAUGCCUUCAGAAGUACAAGCUUUGACAAGCCUCGAACAUCAUGAAUUUAUGGAAAUAAUGUCCAAGUACCUUUAUGAGUCCAUUGGAACACAGGAGUUUGCAAGGCGACAUAUGCUAACACAAAGUCCAUGCAUUGUUGUUCCAAGCACAUUACAUAUUUCCUUAACGAAAGCAGCCACAAUCCUUGGACUUGGUCGAGAGAGCCUUGUUUCUGUAGCAGUUGACGAAAACUCGCGGAUGGAUCCUAUUGGUUGGUAUAGUUCUGUCCUUUGUCUUUUCAUUUAGCCGCCAACUGUUUUUUUUUUAAUCAACAACAAAAAAAACAGAAAACGGAAGCAGAACAAAUAACUGUAAGGUGUAUUUAAUUAACAUUAACAAAAUGCGUAUUAACCAAGUUGUGAGUUAUAUAUGGAAGUGAAUUACAUUUACUUACUCUUUGUUUGUGACCAUCAGAGUUGUUUUUCAUUGAAAGAUAACAUUUAUUUUUUAUGAAAUUUUAGAUUUGAACCGCAUUCUAAAAGAAAAAUUGGAUAAGGAAAUUCCAGUCAUAACGGUAGUAGCUGUCACGGGAACAACUGAGCAAGGCGCCGUUGAUCCAGUGACUGCGGUUGUCUAUUUGCGCGAAAAAUUUAGAAUCAAGGUAAGGAUAACUAUAUUUGACCUCAUAUCUAAAAUUUCCUACACUGUCAAAACCAUCAAACUCAUUAUCAUUAUCAACAUCAACAUCAACAUCAUCAUCAUUAUCAUCAUCAUCAUCAUCAUCAUCAUGAUAAUCAUCAUUUGUAUCUUCAUCGUGAUCACUAUCAUCCACCGUUUUCUGCAGUGUAAUUAUUAUAUAGAUCUCUUUUUACCUGGCGCCACUUUCCUAAAAUAUUUAUGCCAUAAAUUAGGUAUUACUUUGAAGAAAUGUCUAUUUUAAAAACCCAUGACUUUGUUCAUAUCAAGAGUCUCAACUUCAGCAUUCACGCGGAUGCAGCUUGGGGAGGAUAUUUCUGUAGUAUGCUACGGACGCAGCCGGAGAGCAGUCCUAUGCCGACAGCCAAAGGAACAGGAUUUGUUCCAGAAAUGUACAUGAGUUCCUACGUCCACGAACAGUUAUCAGCUCUCCACCAUUGUGAUACAAUCACUGUUGAUCCCCACAAAUCUGGCUUCUGUCCUUAUCCAGGCGGUGCAAUCUGUUACAGAGACAGAAGGAUGAACUCAUUUCUGUCAAUCACCACUAAAGUGCUCUACUACCAUGGAAAAAUGAUUAUCGGUGACGUCGGUAUCGAGGGAUCCAAACCUGGGGCAGCUGCUGUAGGGGUCAUGAUGGCAAACAGGGUAACCAUUUAUGAAUCUUUUUCUUUUAGUAAUAAAUUCAAAAAAGUCUAUAUAAGACAGCCCAAUUAUUACGACUACGUUUCGACAAAACACCAAGUUAUUUUUUCUGGUUCAUGUGUGAUAUCAUCAUUAAUCAGUCUCUUCUGGAAACAAGUGAGCUUGAUGCUAAUAGUACUGGGGUCAUUCUAUGAAUACAGUGGAAGAAGCGAAGGUUUUCAGUUUCAGAAAUGCACAGAUAUGGGUAAGUAAGUUCGAAAUUUGUCAAUAUGGAUGCGAAAAAGUCAAGUAAUAUGAGUGGCGAGGCCAUUUUCUAACCCUCAGGUCCGGUUGCUCCGUUCGAAACGGAAACAGUAAACUGAAUUCGAAAAUUUAUCAAAGUCUAUCAAAGCUUAAUUUUUGUACUUCAGAAUUUAUGUUUAAAAGAAAAAUUAGUCGACUAUUGUUCCUGCCAAUUGCUUAUAGGAUGAAUAAAGCUUACUUAGUGUUCUUCAAUGUCGUUUUCCUCAUUUCGUAGGUCAUUGGUCUUCACAAAAACGGUUAUGGUCGUAUCCUGGCUGAGUGCAUGUUCAACGCAAAGAUCCUGUACUGUCAGUGGGCAACGCUGGCCAAAGAAGACGACAUUUUUGUCAUCAAAACGACGAUUCCUCUACCCAGUUUGACUAACUGGUCAGAGGAGGAUCAUAUUACAUUCAUCAGAGAACGAAUUGUCGGAAAAAGCAACGAAGAAAUUGCUCGCGUAAAUCUUUUAGCUUGUUUAUCUGAAAUCAAGUCACUUGUGGGAUAUUUCACGAUAUACCACUCGCAAGCGUUGUAACGGUGGUACUUUGCAAGUCAGAGUUAUUAGUCAAGAGUAAUUAAAUAGUAGGAGGUUUUGUACAGCCCAAUAACAUCAGUCUAAUUUACUACAGUAAUUGCAUUAAUACCUUUUAUACAUAACUCUGCUGCUGAAUGACUCCCGAUAACUAAUUCCUAUUCUAAGAAAACAUAAUGACAAAAUACAUGUAGGGAAUAGACAAGAAACUCUUUCUGAGUGCCUUUCACGACCUUAACUGGCUACUAGUUACAGGUGUAGGUGCGACCAGGCUUUUGCCAGCUAAUCGGAUUUGAGAAAUUUAGGACCAAACGAUCAUUGACUAAUAGACUGUUUUUAGCUUGUAUGUUUUGUUUUCCAAUUGCAGACCACGUGAUCGUACCUGAGAGAACUGUUUCUUUCAAACGUCGUCCGAUGCACGCGCAUCCACGUGCAUUUGUAUGCACAAUGUAUGAAAAGACAAAAAGAAAAAUCUCCAGGCGAACAUCAUCUUGUGGUCUGAAUAGGGGAAACAAAACUUACAAGCUAAACUCGUCUAAUGAAAGUUUCAUCAAAGCAGACGUUCCGGGUACUAUUAAAGCCCUUUGUUAUAAACGGAACAAUAGCACUCUAACUGACGUCACCUUUUGAAUUUGCUUGCGGUGACAAUUUUUUUACUUUAUCAUUGACAGAGAAGCAACUCUUUGAUAACACACAGCAACAAAGUUAAGUACUGUUUUAUCUUGUCUGUCGUUUAGGAUGAUAAAGCUAUGCUUUACCUACAAGAAGUGGGCCCUGAUACCUUGAUACCGUGUUUCGCUGUAAACCUGAAAGGAAACCAAAGCGUUGAAGUGUGCAAUGCAAUCAACACAGCGAUAUUCGAAAGGCUCACUCACACAUCAGGGGAACAUACAGCGUUUCGCAUCCCAAUGCUUGUUACCUCGUCAAGUCUGGUGUCCCACGUCCACAGUGUUGCAGCCACAAAUUUCAAGAAAAGAUUAGGGGUAAGAGAGAACAACAAGAAUCGAAAUCUGGUAUAACGAGAAACCUUCUCGAUGCCCUUUCCUUUUGGAAAUUCGAUUUAUAUUUUAAAAGAUCACGUGAUAUAUCUGGGAUCAUUUAGAUAACUGAAAAUUAUUGAUGGUUUUUCUUGACCACAGCCAUGAAAAGUGAGGCAGAAUUACGCGUGUCUAAACUGCAAUAUGCACU